AUGCUUCUCCAAUCAACAACAAUUGAUGCAAAAGUUAGUUCCCAAAUCAAUGAUUGCCACAUUAAUGUAAACCUACAUCCUAACUAUGAUUAUUUAGCAAAUAGUCACUAUGAGAACAGCCACUAUGACAAAAAUUUCCAUGAUCGUUUACCUAAUACUAAGAAAGGACAAAUAGAUAAACAUAAACUACAGACUGCUUGGCAUCCAAAAAAACCAGCGAAACAAUUCUUUCAACAUCCAGCCAGAACAGGGACUCCGUCACGUUCGGCGACACACCAUCGGAGUCUGCUCCAACCUCUGCCCCCUUGUCCGGCGAGAACAGCAACUCUGUCACUUCACGGUCGGAUACUUUAUCUUCAGACUCAGAAUGUGUUACUUCUAAAAGUAAACCACAGUAUAGUAAGACUAGGUCCCAUACCACAAGCAAAUGCACACGACCAAGCCUCCACAACCAAGGCUAAAACAUUUAUGAAGUGA